AGCAACAACCAAAGAAAAAACAAAACACCUUACAAACUGUUGAACUAGAAAGCAGUAUAUCCACCAGUAACAACAAUGACGAAACUUUACUUAUGAACGUCGACCCUCUUCUGCUCGAUAAAGGAAAGGUGAAAUGA